AUGCAUCCGCCACAAAAUGUCUGCGACGACAAAGAAGCAUGUGGCUUUGCCACCGCCGAGGGCCUUCAAGGAUGCCAUGAGUGUGCUCAGAAAUGCGAAGACGCUUGCACCAUAUCCUCCGAGCUCACCUCCCAAUGCACCGACCAGUGUGUCGUCAUCGCCUGCAACGACGCGCAUCACAGCAAGUACGUGUGUGAGGAUGCAUGCGACCAGUUUAUCGAAGACUUGCCGUGCGGGAAGGAGUGCUCCGGAGACCUCGAGUGCGCCGCUAUCAUUGACAGCUUCUUAAAUAGCCAGUGCUGCACAGACUACUCGUGCCACCCCGCCGACUGCUGCCCCGACCCCUCCGAGAUCGGGCGAUCGGAUUUCCUCUUGCCUGGCUCCAACUUCAACUCUUACUUCGCUGGCGCCUUACAUCCGCAAAUGCAGCGGGUUCAGCAUUUCCCCAACGUCUCCACUUUCCCGCCGUUGGACUCGACCUCAUCAACACCACAGUUGGUUCCGACCCAGGUCGUUGAUCCUUCUCCCUCCCAAUUUACCCAACCUCACCUGUCGCAGGGUAUAUCCUCCCCCAAUUUUACGGGCUUGCCGCCUCCCGUCAGCCUUGACACCCCCCCUCACCAGGAAGCGUGCAAAUGGGCGGGAUGUAACGCCGUCUUUCGCUCGAUGUCGGAGCUCGUCGGGCAUGUCAACCUCGAACACUUGCGAAGCGCCCCAUCAGCGCCGUUGUCCUCACAGACAUCGAGCACCUCGCCAGCGAAUGGGGAAUCGGUGUUCGGCUCCUGCUUAGACGGCCACCAAGGAUGUAAUCACCCAUUCUUCGAUGGCCCGUCGUGCAUGUGGGGCGAUUGUAAUCUUUUCCCCAACGGUCAGCCUGCGCCGGGCCCGUCGAACGGCGACGAGCUUGCUCUGGUCGAGGCGCUUUCCAAUCACCUCAUGCGCGACCACCUCGGCAUCUCGAAGCGGCAGCUCUGUCCCAUCGAAGACUUGUUCACGCACGGGGUACUGGAGCCGAGCGCAACCCCCUCUCCCAUCUCCGCGCACAGUCCGUCGUCGAGCACGCUGAAGUCGACCCUCGGCACCGCGCCUCUGUCGCCUUCCCCCGAGCACGACUGUGCGUCGUCGGCGUCACAUCCAUGCCGGUGGAAGGACUGUGGGCAAAACUUCGUGACGUGCGAGGACCUCACGGACCAUAUCGCUGCGGUGCACGUUGGUGGCGGCCGGGCCCAUUACGACUGCCAUUGGGAAGGCUGUUCGCGCAAUGGCGACCACGGGUUUGCGAGCAAGCAGAAAAUAUCGAGGCAUAUGCAGAGUCAUACCGGCCAUCGACCGUUCCAAUGCAACGUCUGCCAGCAAAACUUCUCAGAGGCGGCGACUCUGGCCCAGCAUAUGCGCCGGCAUACGCAAGAGAAGCCGUAUUCAUGCGAUUUUCCAGGUUGCGGCAAGGCGUUCGCAAUUGCCGGCGCACUGACCAUCCACAAGAGGACUCACAACGGCAGCAAGCCGUUCAAGUGUUCUUACUGUGACCGCGCCUUCUCCGAGUCAUCCAACCUGUCGAAGCAUCUUCGAACCCACACAGGCGCGAAGCCGUAUACGUGCGCGGAUCCUAGCUGUAACAAGUCUUUCGCACGACCCGAUCAGCUCGCGCGACAUAGCAACAUUCACAAGCGAAAGCCUGCAGCGGAUAGGGCUGCCUCGGCUGAGCUGGUUCCGAGCUAG